GGCUGGGAGCUCAGGGGGUGACGAGAUCGGGCGCGGGGAGGGUGGAGGAGACCCCUAGCCUGCCUUGGUCGCAGCGUUCCUCGGGCGUUACUGCGCGUGACAGCCCCCAACUCGACCUGAGGAGCGGGUCUCUGCACCCGGGGCGCCCUCACCUGGGGACUGGCCUCUCACCUGGGAUUGGUCUCUAACCGGGACGACCGGGACUGCGGUCGGGUCCCUGCCAAGCUGCACGCCCUGCACAGCUGCUUCUGGUGUGCGUGUCGAUGCUUCCUGUUUCUUUUUUCCUCACGACAGUGGGAAGAGUGGAGAGUGUCAUGUGUUCCAGGGUGCAACUGGGUGAUCUCAUGGAUUCUCAGCAGCUCUAUGUCAGGGGUCCCUGAGGCCAUCUUUAGGACUGGAUGACUGCUGACAGGCAGUGUCAAGGGCACACAUUCAGGUUUCACAGGAUUCCUGCUUACCUCCCCCAGAUCUCAGAAAUGUGACCUCAGGCACGUGAAGUCUAAAGCCCCACAUGGCUGGAAGGAAGUCGCCCAGCAGGCAGCCACUGCUGCUGCUGGGGCUGCUGGUCAUGGUCGCUGCUGUCCACCUCCUCACCUGUCCCUACACCAAGGUGGAGGAGAGCUUCAACCUGCAGGCCACGCACGAUCUGCUGUACCACCGCCUGGAUAUGGACAAGUACGACCACCAUGAAUUUCCCGGUGUUGUCCCCAGGACGUUCCUUGGGCCUCUAUUGAUGGCGGCCGUCUCCAGCCCCCUGGUCUAUGUGCUUUCACUGUUGGAAGUGUCCAGGUUUUAUUCUCAGCUCAUAGUCCGAGGAGUCCUUGGGCUCAGCGUGAUUUCAGGGCUCUGGACAUUACAAAAAGAAGUGAGACGACAGUUUGGGGCCACAGUAGCUGCCAUGUUCUGCUGGGUGACGGCCACACAGUUCCACUUGAUGUUUUACUGCUCACGGACGCUCCCCAACGUGCUGGCCCUGGCUGUGGUCCUGCCGGCGCUCACAGCCUGGCUGCAGCACCAGUGGACCCGCUUCAUCUGGCUCUCGGCCUUCGCGACCGUGGUCUUCAGGGCUGAGCUGAGCCUGCUGCUGGGUCUCCUGCUGCUGCUGACGCUGUACCACAGAAGGAUUUCUAUGGCUAGACUCCUGCAGCACGCCCUCCCUGCGGGGGCCUUCUGUCUGGGACUGACGGUUGCUGUGGACUCCUAUUUCUGGCGCCACCUUGUGUGGCCAGAAGGAAAGGUCCUCUGGUACAACACUGUCCUGAACAAAAGUUCCAGCUGGGGUACCUCACCGCUGCUGUGGUACUUCUACUCCGCCCUGCCCCGGGGCCUGGGCUGCAGCCUUCUCUUUGUGCCCCUGGGCUUGACGGACAGGAGGAUGCGGGUGCUGGCUCUGCCGGUGCUGGGCUUCGUGGCGUCCUACUCCCUGCUUCCGCACAAGGAGCUGCGCUUCAUCAUCUACGCCUUCCCAGUGCUCAACGUGGUGGCUGCCAGAGGCUGUGCCUACCUCCAGCGUGUUCUCCUUGCUGAACGCAGUCAUUCCUUCUUCAGGCUGAAUAACUAUAGAAAGUCUCGGCUCUACAAGGCAGGGGCCCUGCUUGUGGUGGGACAUCUGGUGCUGAAUGCCGCCUAUGCUGCCGUGUGCCUGCGCGUGUCCCACUUCAACUACCCUGGUGGCACGGCCAUGCGGCGGCUGCACGAGCUGGUGCCUCCCUGGACAGAUGUCUUCCUGCACAUUGACACCGCUGCUGCCCAGACGGGUGUGUCACGGUUCCUGCAAGUCAACAGCGCCUGGAGGUACGACAAGAGGGAAGACCUGCAGCCGGGCGCGGCAGACAUGCUGACUUACACGCACGUCCUCAUGGAGGCAGCCCCUGGACACCUGGCCCUCUACAGGGACACACACCGCAUCCUGGCCAGCAUUGUAGGCACCAGCGGCGUGAGUCUGAACCUGACCAGACUGCCUCCCUUUGAUGUCAACCUGCAGACCAGGCUGGUACUUCUGGAGAGACUUGUCCAGCCGUCCUAGGGGCGGGGACAGCAUGCCCCUGACACUGCCCCAGAGCAGGACUGGGCCCUGUCCACCACUACUUCUGGGCACGUGGCUUGAGGGACAAGGGCCUAGCUGGACACCCUCGGAGCCACUGCCACAGGCACUGGUUGCGCCCAGGGCCCUUUCUCGUCAUCUGGGCUCCACUCAUAACUGAGAGGGCACAGGAGCCAGGCUGGGACUGUCCCACGCAGCGGGCUGGAUGGGCCUCACUGAGCACUGCCCCUGGCCACGAGUGCUGCACACGCCCGCAAAGCCACGUGAGCCAGGCCUCAGCACCUGCCAGUCCACCACGGCACAGGUACAUCAUGUGCAUUUCAGAUGAGAUUUCAGGAGAGAAACAUGUUGGAAAAGGAAGGAGAAUAAACGUUUAAAUGUUUUUAUGCAGC